GAGCACACAGCUGGGCAUGGGGGGCUGGAGCGCAGCCUCAUGCUCCUCUCACCCCACUUCUCAGCUGCCGGUUGCUUGGAUCCAGGGGCCCCCCCCUUCAGCAUGGCGCAGCAACGCGGGGUGAACAGCCUGCGCUUCAACCAGGACCAGAGCUGCUUCUGCUGCGCGAUGGAGUCCGGGGUGCGAAUCUACAAUGUGGAGCCGCUCAUGGAGAAAGGGCACCUGGAUCACGAGCAGGUGGGCAGCGUGGCCCUGGUUGAGAUGCUGCAUCGAUCCAACCUCUUGGCCAUUGUAGGGGGAGGAGGGAACCCCAAAUUCUCGGAGAUCUCAGGUAUGUACCGGGGAGGGAGCUGGGUGCCCGGACUCCUGGGUUCUCUCCUGGUAUCCCCCCUCUGCCUGCUCAGACCCCCCCCCCAGGGGCCUCCCCACUGCUCAGGUACCCCUGCUGUGUCUCUCCCCAGGCUGGCACGUGUGGGCAAGGUAGGACCAGUGAUCGGCCAGUACGUGGAUUCGCAGUGGAGCCUGGCCAGCUUCACGGUGCCAGCAGAGUCGGCCUGCAUCUGUGCCUUCGGCCGCAGCUCCGCCAAGACCGUCAACUCUGUCAUUGCAAUCUGCGUUGACGGCACCUUCCACAAAUACGUCUUCACGCCAGAUGGCAACUGCAACCGCGAGGCCUUUGACGUCUACCUGGACAUCUGUGACGACGACGACUUCUGAACCCCUUCGCACCGGGGCCCCCACCUGAGGCCGAAAUCGUAGGGGGGUCAUGGACUUCUAGCCAUGGGAACAUUAAACUCCAGUUGUGAGAUCCACCACCCCUCCUGCUCUCGCCUGGCACUGAAAUGCAGCCACCUCUGGGGUGGGGCAACAGCUGCACAUAACAUUGCACUGGAAGGACUCACCCAGUGCUGAGCUGCAGCUCAGUUUGAAACUGCUGGGGCAUGACGGGAAUUGAAUCCAGAGCCCCUGGUUUCACACGCAGUGCCUGGAGGGGAAAUAGCCUGGCUUCUACCCUCUGCGGCUGUUCCCUUCAGUCCCAUUGUAAUACGCUGUAACCCCCACCCCCAUUUACCGCUUAUGUAUGGUUAUAUUUUGUACAAAGUAUGUCUUGUGAGGUAUCAUUUGAAAAGCCAUAAUCUGCUGAUCAUCACUGUCCUGUUACAAUGUGUGUAGCAGCAUCGGAUAAGAUUUUGCUCUGUGAUUGUUACUGACAUACAUUGUGAGUCUGGAAAACAUCCCCAGACUCACCCCUUAGACAUAACCACAGGAUCAUGAACAAAAGUCCCGGACGUCAGCCCUGGAGGACUGUGAGAGACGCUAAAUAUCUUCUGUGCCGCACAGCCGGUGCCAUCACCUGCCUCACCCCCCUUACACAGUGGAGCAAGAGCAUAGGGAAGACAAAGAAAUAUCCAUCUGCAGCCUAUGCUGCAUCGAUGGGGGGCGGCGGCUAACACAACAGCGUUCUCAUUAGCCAGAAGAGCAAUGAAGGGUUGGGGGUGGGAAGUCCGUUCACUGCUAGAAUUACUGGUGUGGUGAAGGUUAGGAAUGAGCUUGUGAUUUU